GGUCAGAAGAGGAGGAAAAAUCAGGAAUCGCCGACUUAACUUCUUUUUUCUUUUUCUUCUGCGUCCCCAAAAUCGCCGAAUAUAAAUGAUUCGAAACAGUUCCUUCUUCUUCAUCAUCGCCGGCUUAGGGUUUUCUCCUCUAUAAGCAUAUCUAUCUUCUCGAAUCGUCUAAUCUCCCUCUCCCUCAGUGAUUUGGAAGAAAAACCCUUUGCCUCAGCGAUCGAUCCGAAAAUUUCAUCAGGAGCUUUCUUGCCGACGGGUGUAGAAACUUACUAAGACGACGGUGGCGUUUCUUCUCUGAUUGUGUUUAUUUUUAUGGCAAUGAAGAUGAACAGACUUGUCUCUAUCUAUCAGACUUUAACUGUUACCGUUGGUGUUUUUUAAUGCUGUCGGCAAGGCACUAUCUUUAGGACUUACAGAGAGCUAGAGCUACAGUUGACUUUUUCUUUCAAGGUUAUAGGUUUAGCGUUGUUAAUAGCUAGAUAUGGAAGUCAACAUCGUCAAGGGGUUGGAUAGUAGAUGUGAAAAUGGUUUCGGUAAGAAGAGGAAGCGCGCAACUAGCUAUGCUGCAUAUGUUAAUGGAGUACCUUGUGCGAAGCUGCAAGAUGUUCCCCCACCGAACCUGCAUACCCAAGUUCCUGACAAAAGAAGGAAAUUGGUGGGUGAAAACAAGAUUUGUGCUUAUGAAAACCGCUCUGGGAAGUCGCUGGUCAGAUACUACUCUUAUUUUAAGAAGACAGGGAUCGCAAAGCGUGUUAUGAUCUACGAGGAGGGUGAAUGGAAUGAUUUGCCUGAUCAUGUUAUCUGUGCCAUCCAAAAGGACUUGUAUGAAAAGAGGGCUUCAAUUGAGUUUGAGUGGUGUGGUCAUCAUUUUCUCUUGGAUUUCUUGCACAUGUACAGGCUAGAUUUGGAAACAGGGUCAAAAACUCCGCUCGCAUGGAUUGACAUUGGAGGCAAAUGUUUUUUCCCUGAAAUUUACGAGACUGAUGAAACGAACUGUCGUAACUGCACGGAAGAUUUGAAACACUCUUCUCCUCAUGAGAUCAACUUGCGCCUUGAGAUUGAUGUUAACCGUGGGGAUUCACCGAGGUUGAAUUUGGAGGAGUGCAGUGAUGAAUCUGGUGACAGUAUGGAUGAUGUUCCAGCACAGGAUAGCUGCAGCCGUAAGAUUGGAGCUGCUGUUUCGAAAUGGGAUGAGACAGAUGCUGUUGCAGUCUCUGGUCUUAAGCCUACUGGAGCCGAAGGACUUGAUAAAGAUGCUGUUAAAAAAAUGUUUGCCAUAGGUACAGCUUCUCUAGGGCCAGUAGCCGUGCUGGAUGUAGGCCGCUUUUCCAGCGAGAUUGCUGAAGCUCGCCUAGCGCUUUUCGAGAAGCAGGUUGAAAUCACUAAGAAACUUCGAGGGGAUGCAAACGUUAGAUACGCAUGGCUUCCUGCAAAGAGGGAAGUUUUAUCUGCAGUCAUGAUGCAGGGGCUUGGAAUUGGAGGAACAUUUAUUAAAAAGUCCAUGUACGGUGUUGGAAUACAUUUAACUGCUGCGGACUGCCCUUAUUUCAGUGCUAGGUACUGCGAUAUUGACGAAAACGGAGUUCGGUACAUGGUUUUAUGCCGUGUAAUAAUGGGGAACAUGGAGCUUCUUCGUGGUGACAAAGCGCAGUUCUUCUCUGGUAGAGAAGAAUAUGACAAUGGAGUGGAUGAUGUCGAGAACCCAAAGAAUUACAUUGUGUGGAACAUCAAUAUGAACACCCAUAUUUUCCCAGAAUUUGUUGUUAGGUUCAAGCUGUCUGUUCCCACCAAUGCUGAAGGUCACUUGGUUGCCAGGCAUGAUAACUCAGGUGUCACUUUGGAAGGACCAAAGGAUGCUCCUCCACCGUUGGUAUCAAACGGACCUGAAGGAGGUUCAGGGAGCGGGAGCGCAAACAGUGUGGGUUCGAGCACGACAAAACCCAACUCGCCACGGAUGCCUUUCCCUACUCUGUUUGCAGCAAUCUCACAUAUGAUUUCAGAGAAAGACAUGUCUUUAAUCAAUGCUGACUACCAACAAUUGAGGGGGAAAAAGAUGACGCGAGCAGAGUUCGUGAGGAAACUGCGGGGGAUCGUAGGAGAUGGUCUGCUUAGGUCCACCAUAACAGCUCUUGAAAACCAGCCAAAGUUGACAAAGGAUAUUCCUGGAAGCAUGACAGUGCUUGAACAAGGUGCAGUUGGGAUGAUGAUAUGAUGAUGACGAAUAUCAAAAGGAAGCUGCUUUAUACCCUACCCCCGCCUUUGUGGUUCUCCUUUUGACUUUUUAUAUAUAAUGUCCUUUUCUGAUUUUUAGUAGACUUUUGGUUCUUACGUCUGUGUUUAGGUCGGGGUUGUGAGUUGAAUGUGCCGACUAUUCUGUCGUGAAAAAAAACGUACUGGUCAUAUUUGAUGUCGUUGGGUCUUUUGUUUUAUUAGCUGCAAAACAUUGUUGUGGAAGUCUAUCGUCAAAGUUCUCUUCGCUA